AUGGCUUUUGAACUGGCAGCCACAUUAGGCUUCAACAAUUUUCUAAACCAAAGCAAAGUCACACAAGUGAUUAUUCUUGGAAUUACAGACAGUCAUGUUCUACAGACCCCACUCUUUAUUGUUUUCCUUAUCAUAUACCUUCUUACUUUGGCGGCCAAUCUUCUUAUCAUAACAGUUGUAAGCCUGAACCCCUUACUCCACAACCCUAUGUACUUCUUUAUCGGCAACCUUUCCUUCUUGGACAUCUUUUACUCUUCUGCCAUUCAACCAAAGCUCCUUUCAACUCUUCUAGCAGGUCCCAGUGUUGUUUCCUUUCCCGGCUGCAUAGCACAGCUUUAUGUUUUCAUGUCAUUGGCAUGCACAGAAUUUGUCUCCUUAACAGCCAUGGCUUAUGACCGCUACGUAGCCAUAUGCAAGCCCUUGCACUAUGCCGUUUUGAUGAACACGAGAACCUGCAUGCUGUUGGCUACCGUGUGUUGGAUUGUUGGAUUUCUGGAUCCAUUAGCACACACUAUGGUUAUUUCACAAUUGCCUUUUUGCAAGCCACCAAUUAUCAAUCAUUUCUUUUGUGAUCUUUCAGUGUUACUAAACUUGUCUUGUGUGGAUAAGGUAUUUAUUGAAAUCUUGACUUAUGUGGUGGGCUCCAUGGUGGCACUACCUGCCUUCGUGCUAACGCUCACUUCCUAUAUAUUCAUAAUAUCCAGUAUCCUUAAAAUCCAUUCUUCUGAUGGAAGGCAAAAAGCCUUCUCUACUUGUGCAUCCCAUCUUACUGUAGUCAUUUUGUUCUAUGGGACUGUUCUAGUCAUGCACAUGAGACCUUCAUCCCACUAUCUGCUUGCCCAAGACAAGCCCCUUUCUGUUUUAUAUACAGCAAUCAUCCCAAUAUUAAAUCCUCUAAUCUACAGUUUAAGGAACAAGAAUGUUAAGAAAGCUUUGGGGGAAAUUCCAAGAUUCUACUUGCACAAAUAA